AUGUCUGACUUGGCUAUCUAUGCACCACCUCAAGCAUUCACUGCCAACGCCAACAGCCUACAGUGGCUGCAAUGUGAACCUGGUCUAUCUCAUCCCGCAAAUCUUUAUGCUCUUUCCAAACAACAUUUUAUUCAAGGCCAACAUCUUAACUUCAGCAUUAUCAAUAGCUGCCACACGUCCUCCAUUGUGACCCCUCAGAACAAGGAAGAUGCAUUACGUACACCUCAUGAACGUCUGCUGAGCCUUGCAAUUGUUAUCCUACAUUCCUGGCGAGACCCUCUACAGUAUGUGAUCUCUGAAUUCAGUGCCACCCAUGGGAUUACCAACUCCAUAUUGAGUAAAUCAGUGAAGAUUGUCAAACAAAUGAAGCAACUUGCGAAAGGAUUGACUAAGAUAACUGAGCAGAUUGGACAGCUUGGUGGAGCCAUUGAGCAGACAGUGCCAUGGGAACACCGUUUAGCUGAAGAUGGAGACUCAAUAAUGUUGCAACUGUACAAUCUCCUGCACUGCUUCCGGCGAGACACAAAUAAAAUUGACACUUACCUUAAGCUGCUGAAAUGCAGAUUCACCCAGCAAUCGAAAUGCUGA